AUGGAGGGGAAACCUGUGGGAGAGCCUACUCAAGUGGUGUCUAAAUUCAAACUUUCCACCAAGGUGGAAAGCACAGGACACUGGCUGGUGGAAGAUCAUGCUCGAAUAUGGGAAGUUUUAAAGACAGAGGAGAGCUCGAUUCAGGACUGGGGUGAAGAGGUAGAGGAAGGAGCUGUUUACCAUGUCACACUGAAAAGAGUCCAGAUUCAACAGGCUGCCAAUAAAGGAGCAAGAUGGCUAGGGGUUGAAGGGGACCAGCUGCCUCCAGGACACACAGUCAGUCAGUAUGAGACCUGUAAGAUCAGGACCAUAAAAGCUGGCACCUUGGAGAAGCUUGUGGAGAACCUGCUGACGGCUUUUGGGGACAAUGACUUUACCUAUAUCAGCAUCUUCUUGUCCACGUACAGAGGCUUUGCCUCCACUAAAGAAGUGCUGGGGCUGCUGCUGGACAGGUAUGGAAACCUGACAAGUCCAAACUGUGAAGACGAUGGAAGCCAAAGUUCAUCAGAGUCAAGGACGGUGAUCAGGAAUGCAAUCGCCUCUAUCCUGCGGGCCUGGCUUGACCAAUGCGCAGAGGACUUCCGAGAGCCCCCUCACUUCCCUUGCUUACAGAAACUGCUGGAUUAUCUCAAACAGAUGAUGCCGGGCUCAGACCCAGAGAGAAGAGCACAGAAUCUUCUUGAGCAGUUUCACAAGCAAGAACUGGAGACCGACACUGGGUUUCUCAAUGCCAUCUCCUUCAGCCUGGAAGAGGAAGAGGAACUGGAGGGCGGAGGGCCUGCCGAAUUCACGUGCUUCUCAGAAGACCUCGUGGCGGAGCAGCUGACCUACAUGGAUGCCCAACUGUUCAAGAAGGUAGUGCCUCACCACUGCCUGGGCUGCAUUUGGUCUCAAAGGGAUAAGAAGGAAAACAAACAUUUGGCUCCUACCAUUCGUGCUACCAUCUCCCAGUUUAACACCCUCACCAAAUGCGUUGUCAGCACCAUCCUGGGAGGCAAAGAACUCAAAACUCAGCAGAGAGCCAGGAUCAUCGAGAAGUGGAUUAACAUUGCUCACGAAUGUAGAAUCCUGAAGAAUUUUUCCUCCUUGAGGGCCAUCGUUUCGGCACUGCAGUCCAAUUCCAUCUAUCGGUUAAAAAAGACUUGGGCCGCGGUCCCAAAGGACCGGAUGCUGAUGUUUGAAGAACUUUCAGACAUCUUCUCGGACCAUAACAACCAUCUGACCAGCCGGGAACUCCUGAUGAAGGAAGGAACCUCAAAAUUUGCAAACCUGGACAGCAGUGUGAAAGAAAACCAGAAGCGGACUCAGAGGCGGCUUCAGCUGCAGAAGGAUAUGGGCGUGAUGCAGGGGACUGUGCCCUACCUGGGCACCUUCCUGACCGACCUGACCAUGCUGGACACUGCUCUUCAAGACCACAUCGAGGGUGGGCUGAUAAACUUCGAAAAAAGGAGGAGGGAAUUUGAAGUGAUUGCCCAAAUAAAGCUCUUACAAUCUGCCUGCAACAGCUAUUGUAUGACCCCAGACCAAAAGUUCAUCCAGUGGUUCCAGAGGCAGCAGCUCCUAACAGAGGAGGAGAGCUACGCCCUCUCCUGUGAGAUUGAAGCAGCCCCGGAUGCCAGCGCGCCUUUUUAGAGCAUGGUGAAGAGGCUCAGCCUACUGUUUCUGGGCUCGGACAUUAUCACCACUAGCACUCCCACCAAAGAGCAGCCCAAGUCCACUGCCAGUGGGAGCUCUGGCGAAAGCAUGGACUCCGUCAGUGUGUCCUCCUGCGAGUCAAACCACUCAGAGGCCGAGGAGGGCUCUAUCACUCCCAUGGACACACCUGAUGAGCCUCAGAAAAAGCUCUCUGAGUCAUCCUCAUCGUGUUCCUCCGUCCAUUCCAUGGACACAAAUUCCUCAGGGAUGUCGUCCUUAAUGAACCCCCUGUCCUCCCCUCCGUCCUGUAAUAACAACCCCAAAGUCCACAAGCGCUCCGUCUCCGUGACAUCCAUUACCUCGACAGUGCUGCCUCCCAUUUACAACCAGCAGAACGAGGACACCUGCAUAAUCCGCAUCAGCAGAGAGGACAACAACGGCAACAUGUACAAGAGCAUCGUGUUGACGAGCCAGGACAAAACCCCCGCCGUGAUCCAGAGGGCGAUGCUGAAGCACAACCUGGACUCCGACCCAGCCGAGGAGUACGAGCUGGUGCAGGUCAUCUCGGAGGACAAAGAACUCGUGAUCCCAGACUCGGCAAAUGUCUUUUAUGCCAUGAACAGCCAAGUGAACUUUGACUUCAUUUUACGCAAAAAGAACUCCGUGGAAGAACAAGCGAAACUGCGUAGGCAGACCAGCUCGACCUUGCCCAGAACGACUAAACGGGGCUGCUGGAGCAACAGACAGAGCAAAAUCACCCUCUGAAGGGAGAGGCCGGUGGCCCCUUGCUUGCCAAAGGCACGGCGGGGCUGAGAACAGGCCACGGUGACUGCAGCUACCAUCCAGUGUUAGGGAGUCAUUGGUGAAGGCAUCAGAUGUUUAUGGAGUACCUCUGGGGCGCAAGGCACUAUGAUAGGCGUUGAGGGGAAGUGGGGGAUGAAUUCGACAUGAAAAGGAUGAACAAUUCACUGAUUCUCCUUGACCUAUUUGAGACUGAAAUGCAGAAUUAUCCACAUUUAUAAAUGUAUAUAUAUAUAACACAUAUUUGGUAUGUAUGUGUAUAUAUAUAGGUAUAUGAGGGACUUAUAGAAUAUUCUGGACUAUGGAAAAACAAAUUUGCACAAUGGCCUGGAAAGCUGAGGUCACUUUUUACAGGGAAAUAGAAGGAACUGAGAACCUAGCCUCAUACCUUCCAGACAGAUGGAUUCAAUCCUGUGAAUACAGAGUGUCCUUGGUGCCAGUAUUAGGAGAAGUCCAAACCGUUUUUAUAAAGGGCAAGAAUUACUUUCUCAGUCAAGUGCCACCAGAAGAGAACAAUUGUGAAGGCUGGAAUUGUCACGGGCUGAAUGAGAGGACACUUUUGAAAGGGUUUGGAUGAGCCAGUGGCUUUCGACCUCUGCCUGCAUCCGCUGAUUUCUGCUACUCUGGGGGUGGGGGGCGGGGGGCGGCAGCAAAGGGCUUCAGAGGUCCAGCCAACCCUCCGGUCCAGCUGUCAUGACAUUUCUGGAGUCAACGCAAGCCCGUUUCGACUGCUGGCGACCGCAUUGUGUUUCUGUUUCCCCCGUAAAGAACAUAUCCCAAUCGUGGUCGUUCAAAUGGCCAUGUUCUUUGGUAACUUACCAGCCGGAAAAGAAAUCACAAAAGGAUGGUGACUCACUGGGACUCUUCUCUGUCUCAGAAUGCCACUACAUUGCCUUUUCUGAUGGCCUUUUGCAUGUAAAGGAGUCUUUUGCCAUCUGGAUCGUAGUACCUCUAUGUUAUGUGCAAUUUGUUUCUCAGGUGUAGAAAUUCUACUGCGAUUGACUCCUAUUGGAUCAUUUUGAGCCUGUGAAAGAUUUCUAAGCAGCAGUUGCUGUUAUAGCCCCUCAGAUGUUCCCUGCUGACAGCAGCAUCCUGUUUUACUUAUUAACUUUUAUAGCAUUACUGUGCCUCGUCACGGGAAAAGAAGCGGGGCUCAGAUAUUACCUAAAUCCUUUCUAAAGAGAUCUUCCAGUUGGAAUCAGUCACAUUUUUCUUCGGGUCCCCACACUGCUAUCACGGUGUCACUGUCAAGCGACAUUUUUGUCUCUAGUAACAUUGCCCUCUCCCUUCCAAAUCUGAGCUGUGCUAGGUUUGAACUAAAAGCCAUAUGCGAAAUGUCGACGCGUGUGAGAAGCACUUUCAGAAUGUUGUCCCUUUAAAGGAAAAAUUUUCAAAAUACCAGUUUUUAUUCCAAAAAUAAAAAGGAUGAAGCCAGAUAUGAAGACUAGGUUAUAACAUGGAGCUUUUUUCCCCAUUCCUAAUCCUGUAACACAGCUCCCAAAGGUUAUGUGAGGCUUAUGUGCAUAGCCAUAGGAAAUCUGCAAGGAACACCCGAGAAAGUUUAGAGAUUUGUGGCGGUGGACCAAAGAAUGAGCCCAGAAGGCCUCACAUGUCCUGUAGAUCUGCCUAGGACAUCAGUCUGUGCAUCGUAGAGACCGACUAGGUUUCGGCCAGUCGAAAAGCACUUUCUUCUGUUUGCGAGGCUCGUCCCAUCUGUGCUUCUGCGCUUGGAGGAGAGAUGGCCGAGGUGCUAGGCAUUGUGGAAACUGAAGUAAAUGUAGCCUCAGCCUGAAUUUCUUGGUUUGAAGGUCGAAAAAACAAUAGAGAAGUGUCAGCUUGAUUUAGAGUGUAGCUACCAAGACAUACAUGUGCCCGUGUGCUCGCCCUGUGUAAUUAUACUGUAUAUGUAGAGUCUAGAUUUAUAUACUGCAAUGUAAAAAUAUAUAUAUAUUUUCCUUUUUUAAAGACAACGGAAAUUCCAGUUAGAUAAAACGUAGCCUCAUUUAUUUAAUGCCACUUUAAAUGUCUUAAAUUUGUUUCCUGGUGGACAGCCGGGUAAUGCUUCUAGCUGCUCGCAUGCUUGUCUUUCUGCAUCUCCGUCAUCUGUUUACCUUUUGGUUAAACUAAUAAACUGAUUUGGGACUUGGUCGGCGUGUGCUGCCAGACCCAAAGGGA